GCAGAGAUGAAAGAAGGUGAUAAUGCAAGUAUAACUAUCUUAUCUACAGAAAAAAAGAAAUCAUGCUGAAUUUUUUCUUUCCAGGUACACAUUUUAUGCUGUUGUCAGGAAUUUGUGGGAAUAAUACAGCACUGUAAAGGGGAGUGUGCAUGCAGAUACUGAACUUUGUCUUUACUGCCCACUGGCCACUGAGAAUCACUGAGUCACACAGUAAUACAGAACAGAUCUGUGAAAGAAACAGGCAGCGUGGUGGAGGGAGAAAAAAAGUAACGCGGGGAAAAGAAAAGGAAGAAUUAUUUUUAUCUUCUUCAUGGAAAAUUCACUGACACCGCCAGACAAAGCAGGAUCAGCCGAUGUUUCUUCAGAUUCAGUUUUGGGCUCUGUCCGACAGAAAAGGAGUAAAAAACGUCUUGCAGAGUUAAAGUCAUUCAGUUUAGAGGAACCCCUUCAUGAAGAUGUGGGAGAAAGAGGAACCUUGACCAGAUCAAAAACAUAUGACCCACCCUCAUCUCUAAAAUCUGAUCAAAGCUCUUCAGUGGAAAGACGCAGAUCCAUUACUACCAAUUUACCAAAGCACAAUAUCACUUUCCACAGGAUAUUUCAAGAUGUCACCAAGGAGGAGGAACUAAAAGACAGCUUCUCUUGUGCCCUCCAGCGGGAAGUCCUGUACCAAGGUAGACUCUAUAUUUCCUCCAACCACCUAGCUUUCUAUUGCAACAUGCUGCGGAAGGAGAUUAAGGUAUUAAUUCCUGUCAAUUCAGUCAUUGUUCUGAAAAAGGCAAAUACAGCUCUACUAGUACCCAAUGCUCUCAGUGUAAGAACUGUAGAAGGAGAAAAGUAUCUUUUUGGAUCUCUACGGAAUAGAGAACUUUGUUAUCAAGCUGUCCAUGCAGUAUGCAGCAACUUGCAGGAUGGCAGUGCUUGCAGCACCCCCUUUUCAUACUCGGCAGAGGCAAGUUUUGAGCAAAGCAAGGUUUUGAAUUCUAGCCACUCCGAUAUUGAUCAGAACCAACAGGAAUCGGACAGCACAGAUAUUUGCACUACAGGUACAGAUGUUCAUUUUGAGACUCAAAUCCUGGUGAGAUCCGGUUCUAGUGAAGUGGAUGCAGUUACCUUAAACCCUUGGAUUAAAGGUGAAGCUGGCCAAGAAAAAGUAAAUUUAGAUUACACAAAUCAUACUCAGUGGGUGGAACCCAGCGCUGUGAAUAUUCUCCUCAUUGUCUAUAUGCUGUUGGUUUUGCUUUUACUGGUCUCAUCAGGAUACAUUGGUUUGCGAAUUAUGGAGUUGGAAAAUCAGCUAAGCAUUAUGGGAGCAUGGCCAAAAGGAGAAGAGAUUCAAGGGCUACAAGAUAGCUGAAGUUACAAGCGCACAAGUACAAGAGUUUGUAAAGUAUCAUUCUGUAUCUCUGCCGGCCAGAGGUGAAGAACAGGCUCUACCAAGAUGAGCUGAAAUUAUACUUCUACAAUUCAGAUUAUAUCAUUUGAAGGGUCAGGAUGAGAUGAUGCCCCCCCAAAAUGAUAUUAAAAAGGUUCUUAGCACUUUAUUCCUGCAGCACCAACAGGAUUAAUGAGAAUUAUCAAAAUGUGAUCUAAUUGUUAAGUGAUCUGAAAGGAGGAAAGGGGAGGUGCACAGCAAAAUGUGACCGUGCUUGCUGCCCCCUGUGUUUAUGAAACUAGAUUAUACAUUGAUUUUUAACAUACAGGGUUCAUAAUUUUGUGACAAAGUGUGUGUUAAUUACACAUAUGCCCUAUAUUCACAGUGUUCGAGUUUUAUCUAAAGGAAAAAAGCCCUAUCGUCAGCUUUAGCAGAAUGUCAGAUUUAGCAAUUACAUGCUCAAUAGUAGUGAUGCCUGGGUCAGACUUUUCCAGUUGAACCAGCCCUGUCUGAUGUGAUCAGUGAAAAUGCAAAUUAGACCGCACUUACUUUUUCUGCCCAAAUUUGAUAAUUGGGUGCACGUCUAGUAGCCUAUUCACAAUGGCUGCUCCAAGGUAUACAAAUUUCAUCCAGUCGACAGCACUCCCUUUUCAAUAAAACCGUCUUUAUUCUUAUUUGGACAGCAACAUCAUGCAUGAUGUUGCUGUCCAAAUAAGAAUAAAGAUGGUUUUAUUGAAAAGCGAGUGCUGUCUACUGGAUGAAAUUUGAUGUGAUCAGUGGCCAGCACUGGGCAACACUUCCCCACCAGACAGUUAAUGUAUUUACAGUUAUGACCCAUGCUAACCUGCACCUAUCCUGAAAAUGGUUGCCCAUUUCCAGCCAGAACUUGCCCAAACCACAGGUUUAGCGCAAACCCUCUCAUCACUAGCAUUCACCUCCUCUGGUGCACAGCCAAUUGAAAUGGUUCUGCUGAGAUGCCAGCAGUGAGGUUUUAGUGCUUCCAGCCAGUCAGCAGUUUGUAAGUUGCAAUUCAUACACCCCUAUGGAAAGUAGAAACAUCUGAAGAAACCCAAAAAGCACAAAUUACACUACAUCAUAGAUCCACAGAUUUCUCUUUGUGUUUUGCUUUUUAUGGGCAAACCUCACAUAAUGGUGGAGAUGGGAGAAGAAAAUGUCAGCCAGAAAUCCUAACAAGAUGUUAAAGGAACAGUAAUGUCAAAAAAUAAAAGUGUUUUAAAGUAAUGAAAAUA